AAGAGUCAUUCUGGAGGGCAAUUUAACGAAAUGAGUUAUAAUGCUAAUGCGACUGAGUUACACAAACAAUUUCGAAAUCUGAAACAAAUAUGUUAAAUUGAAGGAUAAUAACGGAAAAACUGGAAGGGGUCGCACAAAUUGGAUAUAUUAGUCGCUUUCCAUUUAAGUGCGUGAAGCUCUGGUGCAGUUCGUUCGGAGUAGCUCUAGUUGUAGUUGCCACCGUAUUCAAAUGGAACAGGGAAAUAAUUUGGUUUGUUUUCCUUUUUGAGGUUAUGUGUAUUUUGAUUUUUUAUAUAAGAUGAAUUUGCAAUCUGUGGAUGAGUACAACUUAGAGUUAAUAGACCCACAAACAAAUAAACAUUAUAAUGUUAUUGUAAAUCAUGAUGAUUACGUAAGGGCACAAAAUGAUGAGAAGUUUCUUGGCAGCCUUUUAUUUCAUGCCAAAACAAAUGCAAACUGUGAGUAUGUAACUACACAAAGAACCGAAGAAAAUCAAUUCGAUGAGGGAAAUGUUUCAAAAGGAGGAAAUGUGUGGUCAUAUCAAGCUACAGUAGAUCUCAUUCAUGCAAUGAAUGUACAUAAGGAUGAUCUCAAUCAUCCAUUAAAGCGUAAACAUGUGUAUGAGCAUAUUUGUAACGAUAUGUUAAGUUCCGGCCAUAAUAUUACAGAAGUAAUGGCAAGAAACAAAUGGAAAAGUCUGUGCCGUAGUUACUCAAAAGCUAAAGAUAAUCGCAAUCGUACCGGACAGGCUCCAGCUCGCUUUUUAUUUUUCGACUUGAUGGAUGAUGUUUUAGGAGAUAAACCCACAAACAAUUGCCAACAUUCAAUUAAUUCUAAUAACGCUCCCCUUACGGACCUUACAAAUAGUGAAUCUACUGAACAGCCUAUUGUAGCUGAAACUGAUGAACACGUUGCCAGUGAAAGCGAGAAGAAAACAAAAGCAUCGGCUAAAACAUCUCUCGUAGAAUAUAUUAAAUUAAAAAGGGAAGAAUGUAAGGCGAAGAAGCAACGACAUGAAGAAAGAUUAAAAAUGCAACAAGAGAUAAUUGACUUCCACGAGAAUGAACCGCCAUUAUUUGUGAUCGGUUUUAUUAAUUUGUACAUGUUUUUUUGGUUACAUAUUUUGUACCUUGUAAGAAAUAAAAGUUUUAUUUUAUUGCAUAUCACAUUGGGUUAUUUGUAUACAUUUCACAAAAGAUUUGUUGUUGCCGAGAAGUAUUGGUCGGUUCUGCGAUAG